AUGGCUUUCUCUCCUUUACCAUCUUUUUUGCUAGCUCUAGGUCUAGCUGCUUUACCGAUGGCUUCAGGUCACGAUCACGAUUCUUCCCAUAUCGAGGAAGGGCAGACUAUUUCUGUCGAUCCGAUUGACACGACAUUAUGGAUUCAUAUCUUCAUUCAGAUGUUUGCCUGGGGCGUCAUCUUCCCCUUGGGUAUGGUGCUUGGGAUCGUUAAAUCCCGAUGGCACGUUCCAGUUCAAGUUCUCGGUACCGCAUUAGCAAUCCUCGGAUACGCCUUAGGACACAUGCACGGCGGUCGCGAAUUUCGCCAUAACAACGUCCAUUCCAAGUUCGCAACGCCGCUUUCCUUCUUACUCUUCGCGCAGAUCCUCAUGGGCGUUUAUUUGAAAUUACACCUCGAGAAGGGUAUCAAUGGGAAGAUUAGGCGAUUCGUCAAGAUAGGGCACGGCAUCAUUGGAAAGGCCAUACCUGUACUCUCUUGGACGCAAAUGCUGUUCGGUGGCAUCACGGCCCUCGGUUUUUGCCAGGACGAUCAUCUUGGUCAAUGCCUGGCGCAUUUUAUCAUGGGAAGUGCUUUUAUCGGCUAUGGCAUCAUCUUGUCAAUUAUGUUGCUCGUAGGACAGUUAUGGCUCAAGCGUACUGGCCGAUCGCAAGAAUUCUUCGAUAGCUCCUUCAUUGCUGCUUGGGGAGUAGUGAACACUUUCACGGAACACCGAUGGGGCACCGCGUGGGUUAAGAAUGACUGGCAACACACUACUAUGGGCAUAAUAUGGUGGGCUGCAGGAUUAGCCGGUGUUUGGUUGAGCAGGGACCGAGACGGCAGACCCCAGCGCAACUUCAUCCCUGGUUUCGUCAUUUUGAUCACCGGCUGGGCCAUGAGCGCGCAUCCUCAAGAACUAAUGAUCAGCGCCGAGACCCACAAGAUGUUCGGGUAUACCCUUAUGGCUGCGGGUGCUACUCGAAUCAUCGAGAUAUCAUUCGUAGUACGGGAUCGGCCCGGCAUGUCCGACGACGGCCGUGAAACAAACAGUUUUCAAUUCGUCCCUGUCUUCUUGCUUUACGCUUCUGGAUUUUUGUUCAUGGGCGCCACUGAAGAGCAAAUGGCCUUGGUCGCCUCUUCAGGUAUGGACCAUGUUGCCUAUAUCUUGAUAUUAUACUCUCUCGCCUUCCUCAUCUUCCUCUUCACCAACGUACUUCUCGGCAUAUACGAUCGCAACAGCAAUACCGCGCUUCCUACGAAAGAUGCAGCCAAUGGCCGACUGGGACCUCGGGUAAACGGAAGUAUACCUGUUAGAGAUGCUCAAGAGUUCGAGCUAGAAGGCUUAAUGAGCGAGGACGAGGACGAAGGUCCUAAGAUGCAUAGGGAUGACAGUAGCCUAGAAAGCCCGAGCACUGUGGGCAAGAACAGCGACGGGGUUGCCCACUGA